CUCCUCCUCCUGCUCCCUCCUCCCCCUCCUCCUCCCGCUGCUGCCAGGGCCGCUGCUCCCGCCGGGGACCGUGCUGACGCCAGCGGGACGGACCCAGGGCCGCAGGCCCGGCAGGCGCCGGGAGAGCGGGCCACGGGGCUCCAGGCGGGUUCCGGUUGAUGUCCUCCUGCCCCUACCCCGGAAUCAUCGGCGAGUGAAGGCGAAAGGCAACAUGGAAGGACACAAGUGCUACUCCAGGGAGUUUUAUGACCAAUAUGCCCAAAGUCAAGACAAGUCGGUUGUGAAUAAGAUGCAACAGAAAUAUUGGAAAACAAAGCAGGCCCUCAUCAAGGCGACGGGCAAGAAGGAAGAUGAGCAUGUGGUCGCCUCUGACGCAGACCUGGACGCCAAGCUGGAGCUGUUCCACUCCAUCCAGAGGACGUGCAUGGAGCUCCUCAAAGCCAUAGAACUCUACCAGAAGAGGAUUUGCUUCCUGUCCCAAGAAGAAAGCGAGCUGGGGAGGUUCCUCCGCUCCCAGGGCUCCCAGGACAAAACCCGCGCAGGGAAGAUGAUGCAGGCCACGGGGAAGGCUCUGUGCUUUUCCUCCCAGCAGAGGCUGGCCUUGCGGAGCCCCCUGUGCCGGCUCUACCAGGAGGUGGAGACGUUCCGGUACCGGGCCAUCUCGGACACCUGGCUGACCGUGAAGCUGGGGCAGUCCCGGACCCAGUCCGGCCUCUCUGGAUGGGGGCGUGAUCUGGAAACUGAGCUGCGCCCAGGAGAGUGUAAACGUCUCCUGUGAACCUUCCAGGUCCAAGCCCAAGUGCGCCACGCCAAGCUCAACUUUGACCAGCUCAAGAACGACGUCUGUCAAAAAGUGGACCUCCUUGGAGCCAGCAGAUGUAACCUCCUGUCCCACAUUCUCACAACGUAUCAGACCACCUUGCUUCACUUCUGGGAGAAAACCUCCCACACUAUGGCCGCCAUCCACGAAAGUUUCAAAGGCUACCAGCCCUAUGAGUUUACUAUGCUGAAGAGCCUACAGGACCCCGUAAACAAGCUCAUUGAAAACGCAGAAAAGAAGGAAGAAGCGCAGCAGGAAAGCUCGGAGAGUGAGGACUCCCAGCAGCCAGACUCGCUGAUAUCACUGGACGUGGAGAACCCUGACCAGAAAUCCGCUUUCCUGACUGAGGACGGGAAGGACGGCUUCUCCACCCUGGAAGGGCAAUGUGACCACCUCCAGUGCUCCGGCAGUCGAGCCAUCGAGGAGCUGCUGGACCUGAAGCCCGCGGACACAGGUUCCUCGGAGUCGGAAGUGAGUGAGAAGGACGACAUGCAGCUGCUCAACGAGAUCCUCAACGCGUCGUCCCUGGACGAGGGGGACUUCAGCAAAGAGUGGACGGCUGUCUUUGGGGAUCAGCAGAUCCCCGAGCCCACAGCCAUGUCCGCACAGGGAGAGCCGGAGCCCGGGCCCCCUGCGUCCUCCAGUUUCCUCCCUUCCCAGCUCCUGGACAAGAAUAUGCAUGACUUGCAGUCAUCCCUGCAAGGCUGGAGAGAGAGCCCAGGGGGCCCUCCGUCCAUCUGGAAGGCAGCCGGGACCCCCAAGCCCUUGAGCCAGAGCAGCAGCUUGGCCCCUGUGAAAGAGCCCGAGAAGAGCGCCCGCGAUCUCACCGCCUGGUUCAGCCUCUUUGCCGACCUGGACCCGCUGUCCAACCCGGACGCCGUGGGGAAGACGGACAAGGAGCACGAGCUGCUCAAUGCCUGAGGGCCCGGGCAGGACCGGGCGGGCCCCGCCGCCACUGCCGCCGCCCCGCGGGUCGUGUCUGCG